AUGGUCGAGACACAGGGCAAGAGCAAAGAUGGCCCUUUCGGAGGUCUGCCGCCAUUGGUUUUAGGUGGUGCAACUUUGAACACGCAGUACAACGAUGAUCCAUUCUCCAUUCCUGUGGUUGAGAUGUUGAGACACGCAUUCGAGCACGGGAUCACUGCAAUUGACACUUCACCUUACUACGGUCCCAGUGAAACCAUAUAUGGACAGGCUUUAGAGCAGCUUCGUAACGAAUGGCCAAGGGAAUCGUACAGCAUAUGCACCAAGGUGGGCCGGAUUAGGCUAGAUGAGUUUGAUUACUCAAAGGAGAACGUUCGGUUUAGUGUGCUUCGCUCGUGCGAGAGGCUCAAGACGACAUAUUUGGAUGUGUUGUAUUUGCACGACAUUGAGUUUGUCGAAGAGGACAAGAUUAUGGAGGCCCUUUGUGAGAUGAAGAGGUUGAAGGACGAAGGUGUUGUCUUGAGAAUUGGGAUCAGCGGGUACCCGGUUCGGUUCUUGUACGAGAUUGCCAAGAAGUGUCGCGAUAACGAGCAGAUCGGGGCUCUCGACAAUGUGUUGUCGUAUUGCAAUUUGAACUUGCAGAACACGAUAUUGGAGCAAUACUACGACAAGUUCUUGCAGGAGUGUGGUGUUGGUGUUGUGAGCAAUGGGUCGAUCUUGUCGAUGUCGUUGCUUGCCGGUGGCGAGACGAAACCGUUCCAUCCAUGCUCCGAUGAGUUGAGGAAACGCAGCCGCGAAGCGGCCGAGUAUUUGGCCAGCAACGGCGUUGCAAUCGCCGACUUGGCUACCAAAUACGCCAUUCACAAGUGGCUCAAGCGUGGACCCACGGUUCUUGGGUGCAGCAAUGUUGCUGAAGUGGAUUAUGCUCUAAAAAACUAUAACCAAGUUAUACAAAAUGGUGGUGAUGGUGAAUUGGACGCCAGGGAUCAGGCCUUGGUGUCAUAUGUUCAAGAAAACAUAUUCAAAGAGUUGAUGAACUCGACGUGGGAAUCUGGUAUUCCUGGCCGUGGUUAA